AGUACAAUUGUAUACAUGUCGUUCAAAUACCGACUGAAUGUCCCAAACUGCAUUUUGCAGUGUACCGCGGCGGGCUCCCCCUGCUGGCCGCAGCGAGACACUCCACCCGUGACGCCGUGUGAAGACUGCUGCAGCGCGUGGCUGCGACGUGUUUGUUUCCCCGCCGACAGUGAAGACAUCAUGGAGACCAAACCUGUUAUCACCUGCCUUAAAAGCCUCCUCAUCGUCUAUUCCUUCGUCUUCUGGAUAACGGGGGCCAUCCUGCUGGCGGUGGGAGUAUGGGGGAAGUUGAUGCUGGGCCCUUACAUCUCGCUCAUCGCCGACAACUCCACCAACGCCCCCUACGUCCUCAUCGGUACUGGGACCGUCAUUGUCGUUUUUGGCCUGUUUGGAUGCUUCGCCACGUGCAGAGGAAGCCCAUGGAUGCUGAAGCUGUACGCCAUGUUUCUGUCGCUGGUCUUCCUCGCUGAAUUGGUGGCCGGGAUUAGCGGAUUUGUCUUCCGCCACGAGAUUAAAGGAACAUUCCACAGGACGUACACUGACGCUGUGCUCAACUACAACGCUGAGGACGAGGCCAGCCGUGCUGUUGACAACCUGCAGCACCGACUGCGCUGCUGCGGCGUGUACAACUACACCAGUUGGUUUGCCAGCGUCUACUACCCGCCCAACGGUAUGCCCGCCAGCUGCUGCAUGAACGCCUCCGACUGCAACCCCAUGGACCUCCGUAACGCGACCGUGGCCCCCAACAAAGUCUACCACCAGGGAUGUUACGAGCUGGUCACUUCCUUUAUGGAGACCAACAUGGCCAUCAUCGCAGGUGUGACGUUUGGCAUCGCCUUCUCUCAGCUGAUUGGCAUGUUGCUGGCCUGCUGUCUGUCCAGGAUCAUCACAGCCAAUCAGUACGAGAUGGUCUAGCUGACGUCACGAGGCAGUGAGAUGAAGAGAAGAUAACAAAGAGAGCGACACACACGACAGUACUUUUUUCCUUCUACUAACACUAAUCACAUGUCUCUCUUUGUCUCGCUGCCUGCCGACAUCCCAUAAUGUUAACAUCCAACUUACUGUAAAGGCAUCAUUCCCACCGUAGAGCUUUGAGCGCCACACACCACACUGUCUGGACUUCAUACUGCUUGUCCUUCACACUUGUAGUAGAAGUCACGUCUGCACUUUAAAAAUACACUGCAUGUUUGUCUCCCAGACACCAGGGGGUGCUGUUGGACUCACUGAUGACAUGAAUCAGGGAGAGAGGAAAAAACAUGCUAACUCAGCAGAAUUUAUUCACAUAUUCAAGAAAUCUACGACCUUUUUUGUCCUAAUAAGAAAAUUAAAGUUGAAACGCCUUUACUUUGAAAAUAAGGAAUUCUCCUUUUUUAUGUACGAUAACUUAAAUCAUAAUAUAAUAAUAUUUAACUUAAAUCCCAAUUCAGUACAACGCUACAGCUUUUUUUUUCUUCUGAUACUACGACUUUGUUUAAAAACGUCUUUCGGAUUUGUUAAUAUAUUAUGACUUUAUCUUUAAAAAAAUCAUAAUAAUUUUCUCCAAAUACGAUUUUAUCUUUGAGACAUAACUUUGUUUCUUGCGACAUUACAACUCCUAAAAUAACGGAAGACUUAUCGCUUUUUAAAAUGUAUUUUGAAAGUACGACUUUUUCAAGAUCAAGUUUUUCGUAAUGUACAACUUUGUUCUCGUAAUAUUACAACUUUUUUUUUUUUUUUAAGUACGACUUAAACAACUUUUUUCUCCUAACCUAACUUUGUUCUGAAACAUUACGACUUUGUUUCUUGCCACAUGACAACGUUUUGCUGUCCUAAAAUGGCGGACGAUGUAAAAAAUAACGACAUAUUUCGAAGGACCACAUAACUUAUUUCUCGUAUUAUUUGAUUUUAUGUUUUUGUUUUUGUUUUUUGCAGUAUUACUACUUGAUUUAAAAAAGGUAAAAAAUCAGUUAGUUUUUUAUGAUAGCAUGACUUUGUUUUCAAAAGUAGCAUCUAUCGUAAUGUAUUCUUGAAACAUUUCAGAUGACAUCUUUCGUAAAGUCCUAAUAUUUUGACUGAAUUGAUUAAGAAGUACAAUAUUAUUUAACGAUCUACUUCUUUUGGACUAUACUUUUUUUUUUUUUUCUCGUGAUAUUCAAGCUUGUGCAUCGCCAUAUUACUACUUCAUUUAAAAACGGGCAAACCGUAACAAUUUUUCUUACGAUAAUACGCCUUUCCUUUUAAAAUUUGUCAUUUACGACUUUGUCGUCGUUAUAUUGUGACUUUAUUUUCCAAAUAUGCGCGACUUUAUUCUUCUUACAACUUCUUAUUACGUGGUUUUUUUUGUAACUGUUUAGAGAUUGACUUUUUUUUCCUUUAUACAAAUGACGACUUUGUUUCUCGUAAUAUUACGACUUUAUUCUCAAACUUACGACUCUCUUAAUAUUUCGACGACCAGAUUUUUUGUACUAACUCUUGUUCUUGUAAUGUCAUAAUUAUAUAUUCGUACAAUUGAACUAACAUUUUUUUCGAGUAAAAAUGACAACUUUACAAAGUAAAUCGAAAAAAAAUUCCCCCUCAAACUUGAUUGAUUCUGACAGUAUUUUCGUUUUUCCUCAAUUAUUCAUGAUUGAAAUGAAAAAGAUUAAAAGGAGUAAGUUUUGAUGAAAGGAUAUUUGACUGAAACAGUGGGAUAAAGUGUAGUGUUCUGUGUGGUGCAUCAAACGUCUUCAUUAUCAUCAUCAUAUCUGUAGAUAUGUACUGUAAAUGUCAUUUAUAAUGAUGUCAUGUUGCUCAUUCUAAUAUGCUCAUUGGAAGAAUCUGCUGUUUAGCUGUAUUUGUUUGCACUGAUCAAUAGUUGUAGAUCAAUAGACUUCUCGUGGACUUUGGCAUUACAGCUUUACCAAGUGAGUCUCUUUUUUUCCCCUUAGUUUGUGUGCAAAAAUGAUUGAGAUCAUUGAAGUAUUUUCCUUCUGUGACGUACUGGAGUUACUUAUUAAAUAUUGUGUUUAUUGAGUUUUUAGCUCAGUAUUUGAUGGUGGCUUUUUUUUUGGUGAAAAUACUCAACUACUCGCUAUUAAAGCUGUACGGUUAUUUUCGUGAUUUUAAUGUUGUCUUGUAAAUAUGAAACUGUAAUGCCAUCCAGCUUGCACAUGGGGUCACCAGACACCCCAAAACUACACCAUAAUGUCUACUUUUAAUUGAAGUCACCAUCUGAGGUCUUAUUAUUAUUAUUAUUAUUAUUAUCAAUAAAUUGAAAAAUGGAACUUGUUUGUCAGAGUUCAUCAUUACUGUGCUGCGAUCACUCAAUGAAUGAACAAAAGUCAUGCAAACUGUCACGGAUGUAUCAAAAUAUAAAAAAUGUUUGAUUUAAGGUAAAAUUGUCCAUUAAUCAAUUUGUUUAUUUUAUGACCAAAAGUCAACCGAUCAGCUCACUGAGCAACUUUGACCGAUUGAAAUCGAUUUAUUGUGCAUUUGUAUUGUCUUUUUUGGUCAAUAGAUAAAAAGAGGAAAUAAAAACAUUGUCCACAAGAUGAGUGAAUAGCUUCAAUACUAUUUCAGAAUGUAAUUAACGGACAAUUAAAUGAAUUAUUAUGCACAGUUUCUGAAAAUAUAUUCAUAGAAAAUAUUUUUUGUAAAUAUCAACAAUCGUGAAAAAAGUUAUGUUUAUUUUAAUAGAGGAGAAUGGUAGUUGUCAAAGUUUUUAGUACCA